GCUUGACUCAGCUGCUCUGUGGCUGAGACCCUUGGGACAUGAAGUGGAUACUGUUCUUUGGGGCCCUGAUUGGGCCCAGCAUCUGUGGCCGAGAAAAGUUUUUUGGGGACCAGGUUUUUAGGAUUAACGUCAGAGGUGGAGAUGAGAUCAGCAAAUUAAGUCAGCUAUUGAAUUCAGACAACUUUAAGCUCGAUGUCUGGAAAUCUCCCUCUACCUUCAGUCAUCCCGUGGAUGUCCUGGUCCCAUCUGUCAGUUUGCAGCCAGUCAAAUCCUUCCUGAAGUCCCAGGCCUUACAGUACUCAGUGACAAUUGAAGAUCUGCAGGCCCUUUUAGAUAAGGAAGAUGAAGAAAUGCAACACAAUGAAAGGCAAGAACGGAGCAAUAAUAACUUCAACUAUGGAGCAUACCACUCCCUGGAAGCUAUUUACCAUGAGAUGGACAACAUUGCCGGAGAGUUUCCUGACUUGGCACGCAGGCUGAAGAUUGGGCAUUCGUUUGAAAACCGGUCCAUGUAUGUGCUGAAGUUCAGCACUGCAGAAGGCAGGCGGCGGCCAGCCGUUUGGCUGAAUGCAGGCAUCCAUUCCCGGGAGUGGAUCUCACAGGCUACAGCGAUCUGGACCGCAAGGAAGAUUGUAUCCGAUUACGGGAAGGAUCCAGCCAUCACCUCCAUCUUGGAGAAAAUGGAUAUUUUCUUGUUGCCUGUGGCCAAUCCUGAUGGAUAUGUGUACACACAAACUAAAAACCGACUUUGGAGGAAGACACGAUCCCUAAAUUCUAGAAGCCCCUGCAUUGGUGCUGAUCCAAAUAGAAAUUGGAACUCUAGUUUUGCAGGAGCGGGAACCAGUAACAAUCCUUGCUCUGAAGUGUACCAUGGACCCCAUGCCAAUUCGGAAGUGGAGGUGAAAUCUGUGGUAGAUUUCAUCCAACAACACGGGAAUUUCAAGUGCUUCAUCGACCUGCACAGCUACUCACAGCUGCUGAUGUAUCCGUAUGGGUACACAGUCAACAAGGCCCCAGAUGCUGAGGAGCUGGACGAGGUGGCAAGGUGUGCAGCCAAAGCUCUGGCCUCCCUGUCGGGCACUAAGUACCAAGUGGGUCCUAUCUGCACCACUGUCUAUCCAGCUAGCGGGAGCAGUACUGACUGGGCGUAUGAUAAUGGCAUCAAGUAUGCAUUCACUUUUGAGUUGAGAGAUACUGGGCACUAUGGCUUCCUCCUGCCAGCCAACCAGAUCAUCCCUACUGCAGAGGAGACUUGGCUGGGGCUGAAGACCAUCAUGGAGCAUGUGCGGGACCACCUCUACUAGGGGUGGAAACCCACUCUGUCUACAUUUAUUUAUCCCAUCUGUGCACACACACUGAGGCCAUAUUAAGGGAGCUCGUUCCUUCCCAUGUAAGUUAGAGCCCUCUGGCUUUAUAGCCAACACAGGGCAGCCCCUCUCCAGCCACCCUCCCUGAAGUUCAUGCAUUCGUGUGGUGCACCUGAGAGAAGCGCUUCUGUCACCCUACUUCAUUCUGGUCCUGCUGUUUCACUAAGCCUUUUAUAUACUUUCCUUUUGCACAGCUGGUUGGGCAGGCCACAUUUGGGAUCACCCUUACUGGGUAGCAUGUGUCUACCUCAUUUUUAGAGCUAAAGGACACCUAAGAUGGCUCUCUAGCUGCAUCCAAUCUAGCCAGCCAGUGACCUUGCUCUGGUGGAGUCCAGAGGGAGGCACUCUGGGAGACAAGGCUUAUCUUUUAGAUUGGUCUCAAAGAUAACACAGAACUUCCUUUAAUUGAUCUCAUUCCUUCUUAAAUAUGUUUUUUAAAUCCUGUAGAGUCAUCAGUAUAGGUCAUCCCCUUUUUUUCCGUUCCUGUUUGUUUUGGGUCUGAAUGCACAGUAGAGGAUCACCUCCCAUCACUGGGCCAAAAAUUCCCAGAUACGACAGUUGUGAUCACGUUCUUCUCGGUAUUGUUCAGUGUAACUGGGAUCCCAGAGGACAUCUGUGUCGCUGUAGGUACUGCUCACCCAGAAACCCUGGAUGAUGAGGUGAUCUAAUAGCAGGAUGGCUAAAUUAUCCCCAUCUGUCCUAAUGGGCUCGCCUCCACUUUGCCUUUUGAACUUACUUCAAAGAUCUCGCCCUCGCCCUGCAGGUCCUAAAUCACUCCUCCAGCCUGGAUAAUCUCACUGCCCAGGCACAUUCCUGUCUGUGCUCUGCUGUACCCUGUGUUUCAUUCUCCUGGGUUGGUUUUUUUUUUGGUCUUUAAAGUCACCUUCUUUUAUUUUGCAACUUGGACCAUGAGUACCAAGGUGGACCAAGGAUUCAUCAGUCAGGCUCCUCUUGUUUCAUUCCUCCUCAGCAUGCACCAUCUGCCUUUCUUUUUUUCUUUUUUCAAACAUGUCUGUAAAUCUUAUCCUUCUGCCUAGGAUUUGUGCAGCAUCUGGUGUGUGCUCAUAAGUCAAUAAAUAUUCAAUAUGA